AUGAAGGAGCAAGCGUUGCGAAAUGUGCGGAUCUUAACGACAAUGGUUUGCCUUUUGGACCUUGCCAUGCUACGGUGGCAUUCGUUCAUCCCGGGGCUCACAAUAUCUGCUUUGGUGUUGAUGCUGUUGGAGCACCGGCGAGAGGCUGCACUAUGCCGUAGGUGCCUGAAGAUUUAUUUGCUUCUGGUGGACAUCGCCUUUCUGGCAGCAGGCAUGUCCAGCAUUCUGGUGAGAGACCGCUUGCUGGACUUUGUUUUCUGCACACUUGCAGCAGGCUGCAUGCUAGUUGCAGUGGUCCUUUAUGUGGCCAUGCCGCUGCCUGUGGCUUUGGAGGAAUGCAAACAUUGCCCUGGCGCCAGAGGCUUGCACAGUGCCCUGGCAAUCCUUAGCAUUGGUCACAAUGCUCGGCUUUCUCCUUGCAUGGGCCGCUGUUAG